AUGGAAGGUGUUAGAAAUCACUUCACGGUGAAGGCAUGUGGGGAGGAGAACAGGCUGAUUCGUUACCAGAAUGCUGCCCUGCUCGCUGAGAACGCCAAACUUGAGCAGGAAAUGCUGGCGCGGUCAUGCUUCACGUGUGUAAGACUGGUGGCGCAUGCCGAGCAAUCGUCGGAGAAGCGGAGCUUGCUCAUUGAGAAUGCAAUGCUUAAGACUGUCCUCAGUGAGCUCUCCCGCGGGGCGGUGCUUCCUCUCUCGGUGCCAUCCAUCCGCGACGGCGGCGGAUGGCGUGGCGUGGCACUGGCUCUGAGAGGCAUGGUGUUGAGUGCCGCUACAACGGUGUGGCUGCCCAGCACACUGCCACAGCAUGUGUUCGACUACCUUCGCGAUUGGCGGCACCAUGGCGAGUGGGAUACACACAUGCAUGGUGCCACAGUGAAAGAGUUAGCCUAUAUCUCCACUGGUGGCUACCUCAAAGGCAAUGCCGUCUCUGUCCUCCGCCCCAAUGUUACUGAUGGAACAAACAGCAACAUAUUGAUCCUGCAAGAUGCAAGCACCGAUGUGUCAUGCUCGCUGGUGGUGUACAGUCCCAUCGAAGAGAAUGCAAUGCUUGCUGUCAUGAACGGUGGCGACCACACCUCUAGCUUCCUCCUUCCAUCCGGGUUCGCCGUACUCCCCGACGGACACGGCCUGGCUCACCACAGUCCGAGCACCUCCAGCGCUUUUGCCACUGCAGGGUCUCUUGUCACCGUGGCGUGCCAGACACUGUUGCCAGGCAUCACAACCGAUAACCUUGCCACUGAGGCCUUUGACGAUGCCGGAAAGCAGCUCUGCCAUGCGAUAGGGAAGAUCAGGGCCGCCGUGGAGGCUGACAUCAUCGUUCCAGCAUGA